AGCAUUGCACGGCGCCUGUGCAAUAUCUCGCGUUAGAUCAGAAAUACCGGUAUGGCAAGGUGAAGCUUGAAGACGAUGGACGACCGUCAGUCGACCCGAUAUGGCCUAAAUAAAGGAUAUUUUAAUCUUGACAACUCGGAUUAUAACGGAUAUAUAACUGGCACAGCAUCACAAAUGGAGAGAAGGAAUUACAACCCAUAUGUGGCCUGGUUCGGGCUUAAAAACUUGAGAAAUAUCGGGGCGGAAAGCCGGUCGGCUUUAGCAGCUGGAGUUGCGGGGAUCGCUCUUCUUCUGUACAUUUUACAAGAUUCUUUCAUAACUGCAUUGCAUGUUUUAUGUGGACUUUUUGCCCCAAUGUUCAGUGUUAUCUGUGCAUUUUAUUGGCUUGCUAUUUAUCUACGGAAAUCUUGGACUGGAAACAAUGUCUACGUUUUCUUCAUGGCCUGCUAUGUCGGGGAAAUUUUCGGCCAAAUCUGCUUCGGGGCUUCGAACUUGUUCAGCCCCUGGCUGGUGGCGAGUGUUCUCGCCUCCGCCUCGUUGGUCAGCAUGACAUCCACACUUUCAACCCCACAAAGUGCGCUAGUUAUCAGCUUUUUGAGUUUCAUGAGGUUUUUAAGUGGCUCAACCCUCCAUGGACUCCCCAUGUGGAUGAGGCCGUAUCUCGCCUAUUUCUGUGGAAUUGUAGGGUGUGUUUUGUCGAAGUACACAGAAGCACACCUCUUCCGACACAGUUCGAUCGUGGCACAGUUCACCAACGACGGCAAAAUUCCAGUCCUGCGGCGUAGGCGCACCUCAUCGCAGAGCUCCGUUGCGAGUCACAGCCAUAAAACCCGGCGGACUUCUUUACCGGCGUUGAUACAACGUCCACAGGUAAAUUAAUGCGAAUUAAUUAAGUACAAAGACCAUGCCAAGAUCUUUUUAUUGUGUGUUGUUAAGUGUAGACCCUCUUAAUUAAAUGACGUCAUACUUCAGGCUAGUUUAUUAACACUGUCUUGUUGAUUGCUUUUGAAGUGAUGACUCAAAUUUCAAGGACCAGUCCAGGCAGUGAAUGAAAAAUAAGGUUAUGCCAGAAUA